UCUUCGAAACAGUUUUGUUACAGCCACCAUGGUCAGCUGGUUUACGUGAAAGGGGGGAUAGAUAUUUCGAAUCCUUUCAAAUCUCUGAAGGAGAUGUUCCCUUUGUUAUCAUGUCACUAUAAAAACGCACCUCAUUCAAGAACUAGCAACACUUUUCAUCGAUACAUCCUACCUGAAGGUCCUGGUUGAACCGUGCUAUGAUGGAAGGCUACACUAUACUCUCGCUUCUUCUCUGCCUCAGUGUGGCAAGCGCCUUCUAUUAUGAGUUGCGACUUGCCGGAUCAGGUUGGAUCCGCGGUCAAGGUCGAGUCGAGAUCUAUGCCAAUGGGCAAUGGGGAACAGUAUGCGACAAUCUUUGGGGGCUUCAGGACGCUAAUGUAGUGUGCAGGGAGUUGGGAUUCGCUGAAGCUUCUGACUUUACGACACAGGCUGAGACUUUCGGCGAAGGCUCAGGAAAGAUUCACCUGGACAACGUGGCGUGUGUAGGCAACGAAACGUCAAUCAUGGACUGUCCGCAGAACGAAAUCGGGAGAACCAACUGCGGUCAUUGGCAGGAUGCUGGAGUUAUAUGCCACGAGGUUCGACUUGCCGGAUCAGGUAGCUACCCCAGUCAAGGUCGAGUCGAGGUCUAUACCAACGGUGAAUGGGGAACAGUAUGCGACGAUUCUUGGGGGCUUGAGGACGCUAAUGUAGUGUGCAGGCAGUUGGGCUUCCCUGGAGCUUCUGAAUAUACGGCAAUGGCAUGGCCUUUCGGCGAAGGCUCAGGACAGAUCAACCUGGACAAUGUGGCGUGUGUAGGCGACGAAACGUCAAUCAUGGACUGUCCGCAGAACGAAAUCGGGAACCACAACUGCGGUCAUCGGAGCGAUGCUGGAGUUGUAUGUCACGAGGUACGACUUGCCGGAUCAGGUAGCUCCGCCAAUCAAGGACGAGUCGAGGUCUAUGCCAACGGGGAAUGGGGAACAGUAUGCGACGAUUCUUGGGGGCUUGAGGACGCUAAUGUAGUGUGCAGGCAGUUGGGCUUCCUUGGAGCUUCUAACUUUACGGUAGAGGCCGAGACUUUCGGUGAAGGCUCAGGAAAGAUCUUCAUGGACAAUGUGGCGUGUGAAGGCGACGAAUUUUCAAUCAAGGACUGUCCGCGGAACAAAAACGGGUGGCACAACUGCGAUCAUGAGGAGGAUGCUGGAGUGAUAUGUCAGGUGCAAGAUAAUGGUGCAACUUCUGAACCAGCAGUCGUCCGGCUUGGAGGAGUAAAUAAGCAAGACGAUCUAGGACACGGCGUAGUCGAGGUCUACCUCGAUGGACAGUGGGGAACAGUGUGUGGCAUUGGAUGGUCGCAAGAGGACUCCAAUGUCGUUUGCAAGCAGUUGGGCUUCACUGACCCGGCCUUUUUACACUAUGAUUCUGUAUGGAAGUUCUUUGGCUCAGGAACUGGAUCGACUCUACUUGCCGAUGUUGCUUGUACGGGCGAAGAGGCCUCAAUCAUGGACUGUCCGGCCGGCUCUACCGGGAUUCCUUCCUCCUGCACCCACGAAAAAGACGCCGAAGUCCAGUGUCUAGAGUCAGAUAAGAAAAGGAAAAUGGAAGAUUUGGAGUUUUAUGAAAAAGGAGACAUGACAGAAGAAGAAAAGGUGGCUGCUGAAGAACGAUCCAAUGACAAAAUGGAUUCUGACUUGAAGAAGAAAGCUGUCCUCGAGGCUCUAGUUGAUCUACUGGUCUAUCUCGAGGACAAAUAGAUGAUAUAAGGCAGCGGACACACUGAACUUGGGGCGGACCGGGAGCUAAGAUAUAACAUAGAGCGUUUUUCCUGCACGUUCGCUCGGCCGUUUAUUUAUUCACGGUUGGGUUUGGACGAGCCGAGACUACUUGUGGUGUCACUUCAUAUUGAAAGGUGUGACGCGUGAUCGUUACAGCCAAUUUGAAAAUUUCCCCUUAUUUUUGCAUACUUUCAAAAAAAAUUCCUCAACAAUAUAGAAAACAUGAUCCCUAUUGAACAAAGAGGUGGUACAAAUAUUAGGCUCUAGAUGAAAUAAUUAUGUUAAACUUAUCGAGUACACAGUCAUAAAAAGAUGCAUUCACAUUAUUGCGACCAGACAUCACCCCCUUUUCAUCAAAUUUUAUGCUCUUAAACGAAAAUCCCUUUCUUUUUUUCAAAUCCGCGAACAUUCUCGCAAAUACCCAUUUUACGCAAAAUUUCGAAUUAACAUGUCCCGCACACGAUGCCAAUGACAGUGAUACCACUGCGAAUAAAGAUUCGACACAUUUUGAGAGAAGUGGUAUUCCAGGGCCGUCCCCGAGUCUAUACCCCCAAAAUGAUGGAUUGUCUAAAUUCUACUAACCUAGGUUUCUUACCACUGUGCUAACUGCUUUAACCCAAAACUUAAUUCCUUUGAAGAGAAACCAUCUUCAUUAGGCCUCGUUCAGAAAUGACGCGGCAAAACCAGGUGGUCUUUAUGAUGACGUAAAAUGUAAUAAGCGUCACUUUUCUGUAUCUCAUUACACGUAGCUCAGUAAAAACGCGCAGCAUUUAAAAAAAAAUGUUCUUCUAUGUUUUACCGUUUCAUAUCUGAACGAGCCUUUAUUAAGAGAGAGAUAGAGAGUGAGAAAGAAAACUAUUACUCAGUAUUCUCAAGCCAUAUGGGGUGGGGAGCACAUGUCUCAAAAAUCGCUAACAAGCUCUCCUAAACCUCCCCGUUUUUUCUGUCUCUCCCCCGCUCUCCUCCUUUUUUUUUGCCAUUUCUUUCUGUUUUGUUUAACCUUCAUCUAAAAUACAGUUUUAUAAACACGGUUUUAUCGUGGUGAUAUUUUUGCUAUAUAGAUGAUACCAUUCUUUAAUUUGUAUUUGUAGAGGUUCAUCUCAAACGUACAUGCUUAUGUAACUGAGCAAACUCUCCAACCCCCUGUAUUUAACAAUUCUUUCAUUAAAACAUUAUAUAUUCAUUGCAAGAAGA